CACUUCCAGCGGCCGCAGCAGCCUCUGUCACUGUCCCUCUACACGCGGCAGGCGGGAGUCUGGUGUUUAAACCCCGCUACCGACCUCGGAGAACCGCGAUGUUCCCAUCUCCCCGAGCCCAGGCCGUGGUGACAGGCCGGCGUCCGCUUGGUGGCCGUGUCCCUGGUGUCAGGAAGAGCCUGGGACCUGGAGUCUCUGGCAGCUCUUCGCCCUCCACGGUUUUCUCGCCAGUCGGACGCAGAGUCACUACUGGGGGCGUGCGAGGAACACCUUCAAGAAUUUUACUACACCCAUCUGCUGGUGAAACUGUCAAUUACAGUGUUCAGCUAUUUGGUUCAACUCUCCCAGUUAAAGUCAAGGAGGCUUUGACAAAUUGUGAUGAUGAUGACUCUCUGACUGUCAAGAUCCAUGAUUUUGGAUGGGCCUGGUUGGUAUGGAGGGAUCGUGUCAUAAUUUGGAAGAUUAAUGAAGCUUCAUCUGCAAAGUUAUCGGUGUGUAAACAGCUGCAGCUUCCCCCUAGUGAUUACCCAUGGUCUGCAGAUCUGGUAGACUUAUCUGGUGAUGCCUCAUCUAUACAGUCAAUAGCGGUAAUGGCAGCUACAAGUCAAGGAUCAAUCCGUUAUUGGCCAAGUCUCACACAUGAAGAGUUUUACACAGAAACUUACACUGAUUUUGGAGAUUCCGUGUGUGCAUUUCUAACUGCUGUAAAGGCUGGCAGUUUCAUACUGUCUUCAUCAAAGAAUCAGCUUGUCCGGUUAAUACCAGAUUCCUCUGGAAAGAUCCAUCAGCGAUUCCUGCAGCAAGGACAAGGCAUGCUGUCUGGUAUUGGUCGCAGAGUUUCCACCCUGUUUGGAAUACGGUCUCCUACUUCAGAAUCCACUCUUGGCAGUGUGCUUUGGGAUAAAGAGGAUUGCUUCUAUACUCUCACUAACUCCAGUAUAAACAAAUGGGACAUGGAUGAUACCUCUGAAUGUCAUGUCGUCAGUUGGGAUAUGAGCCGGGUGCUUAAAGAAAAUAUUUCUGAUGCCAUAUGGGGUUCUGAAAGCAACUAUGAAGAAAUAAAAGAAAGCAUCAACAUUGCAUAUUUGGAUUUAAAUCAGAACAUUGAUGGUUUGGUCAUUCUGGCUGUUGCCUGGCACCCCAAUGAUGAUCCCUGCCUAAGCUAUUAUGCACUUGUCACUGUAAAGGAUGAAGGCUACAACUUUUCUGGUGAAAUCAACGUUGAGGUCACCCAGUUCAAUCCUCCAUUUCAGUCUGAAGAAAUGCUGUUUUCUCAGCUUGUGAUUCCAAACUUUACUAGUCCCAUGUGUAACAUAUAUACAAAAGAAAUGGUUUUUGCCUGCUCUACAGGCACCAGGAGAGGCACUUUUCCACAAGAGAAAAUUUCACUUGACGCUCAAGGAGAUUAUAUUAUUGGAGCUGGGUCCUGCACAGAUCUGCCAGUCUUCUUUACCAGGAAUAGUGGCCUUCUUGCAAUUGUUGCUCGGGAAAAUGUGUCUGUGUUACCAGAAGAUGUGGAAGAUUCUCUCUGUUCAUCAGUGGCUGGACCUAGUAAUCAGGGUCCACCGGUAGACAUGCUUUCAAGGGGAGAGAUUAUACCCCAUGAUGAUAAGACCAAGUUGUUGAAGGCCUCAUUUUUACACUACUGCAGGAAAGAUCUAGCUGGGGCACAGUGCAUGGUGGACAGCCUUUUCUCUCCUGAUUUGGAUUUUGAAAAUGAUAGUGAACUAGAUCAGGCAGUGACUCAGAUAAGUGUGGACUUGGUUGAUGACUAUCCAGCGUCUGACCCCCGAUGGGCUGAAUCUGUACCAGAUGAGGCAGCUGGCUUAUGUAAUACUUCCCUCAUUAUUUUGCAUCAGUUGGAAGAUAAAAUGAAGGCACACUCCUUCUUCCUGGAUUUUCUUCAUCAGGUUGGACUAUUCGAUCGUCUGAGUACCUGUCAAAUGAGAGGAAUUACCAUGGCAACACGUCUUUUGCUUUGUGAGCAUGCAGAAAAACUAUCGGCUGCAAUAGUUCUCAAGAACCACCACACCAAGCUCCCAAUUCUCGUUAACUCUGCUAUACAGCUUGCACUCAACAAAAGGAUGUGCUCUGUCCCACAGAAUCUUACUGCAGCUGAUGUGUUCUUUAGAGAGGUUUCACAGAUGGAUUCAAUCUUUGACUGCUUUAUCGAAAACGAGGAAGCCGAUUUACAAAAUACAAUGAUGGACACUAUAGAAUGGGCAAAUAUAGUAGUUGAUGUGAACAUGAUUCUGAAGGAUAUGUUGCAUGCAGCGUGUCAAUACCGACGGAAUAAAAGUUCUCUUUAUAACACUGAACACAGCGAAAAAGAACUGGAGUAUAUUCCAUGGACAGCUUCCAGUGGACCUUCCGGUAUCCACACAGUAAUUACACGUCAGCACACUAUAAUUUUGAAGAAAGUCUAUCCGCAGGCUGAUUCUAGACUUCGUAUGGAUUUAAUUGAACAGCUGGUGGCACUGUUAAGUUAUUAUCUUGAGGAUUAUGUCACUCAGUUGAAGUCUGUGGAUCGACGUACUGACGAAGAAAGAUAUAGCAUUUUGGAAGCAGAGUAUGCCCAAAAGAGAUCAGAACUCUUAACUCCUUUUUUGAUUCUGGGACAGCAUCAAUGGGCAUCUAGUCUUGCUGAGAAGUUCUGUGAUUUUGAUAUCUUGGUGCAAAUAUGUGAAAAUACGGACAACCAGAAUAGACUGCAACGAUACAUGACUCAGUUUGCAGAUCAGAAUUUUUCAGAUUUCUUGUUCCGCUGGUAUUUGGAAAAAGGAAAGCGUGGAAAGCUUCUGUCUCAACCAGUUUCACAGCAUGGACAGCUGGCUUCUUUCUUGCAAGCACAUGAACAUCUUAGUUGGUUACAUGAAAUCAACAGCCAAGACUUUGAAAAGGCACACAGAACAUUGCAUACCUUGGCAAACAUGGAGUCCCGUCACUUCUGCAAAAAAAAGACAUUGUUGGGGUUGAGUAAAAUAGCUGCCUUAGCAUCUGAUUUCCAAGAAAAUAUACUACAAGAUAAAAUCGAAGAAAUUGCAUGUGAGGAACGUUUUCUUCUUCAUCAAGAGACUCUUCCUAAACAGCUUUUAGAAGACAAAAACUUGGACUUGAAUUUGAUGCCUGUAUUGUCCCCAUUAGAACUAAUUAAGCUAUACAUAAGUCAGGAGAACAGAAGGGCAAACGAAUAUGAUUUCAUGAAAGCACUUGAUCUACUGGACUAUAUCAGUGAGGAUGAAGAGGUGGAUAUAGAAGAGCUGAAGCUAGAAAUACUGUGCAAAGCUGUAAAGAGAGACACAUGGUCUACUUUGGAUGGGAAAGAUGACCCAAUAGAAGCUACAAGAGACUUCAUUUUUGUUAAAGUGCUUCAGAAGUUACUUAAUGAAGGCAAAGAUCUUAAGGAUUACUUACCAGAUGUAAAUAUCUUGCUUCAGUCAGAUGAAAUUGGCCAUUUAAAGUCAGAUCGAUGGUUUGAAUUUGUCCUUAAAGCAAACUAUGAAUAUUAUUUGCAAGAACACCUAUAAGUUAUAUACAAUACAGUUUUGCACAAUUUCUUUUUACAUUAUCGUUUAAUAAAAUAUGCUUCUACUUA